AUGUUCGCCUAUAAGUGCUCGGAGUGCUGCGGCGAUCCUCCGGGUCGCCCGCACCCCCGCGCGAGCGCCACGCGGUGCGCGCAGGUCCGAUCGUACAGGUACACCUCCCCCGAGGACUCCGUGCUGGAGAAGCUGUUCCUCCAAAGGUUCUGGAACUUCGGCGUCCGAUUCUUCCCCACCUGGUUCGCGCCCAACCUGAUGACCACGGUGGGACUGGUCUUCGCGCUCGGUGCGUACGGCACGCUCCUGUGGCACAGUCCCGACCUGGACGGCAGCCUUCCCGCGUGGGCCGCCGUCGCGUGCGCGGCGAUGCUCUUCGUGUACCAGACGAUGGACGGCAUGGACGGCAAGCAAGCGAGGCGCACCGGCGCGGGAUCGCCCCUCGGCGAGGUCACCGACCACGGCGCGGACGCGAUCGCC